AUGUAUUUUAAAGAAAUCAUUAAACCAAUUGUAAGCUCAGGAUCACAUGUGUCCAGCUCUGUGUCUCUGAAGAGUGACCGGUCAAAAGAUGCAGGACCAAAGUUCAGUGGGGAAAAACCAUCAUCUAAUAAAAGGCUUCAAUAUGAGACAUUAGACUCAGACGUUCAGACUCACAGGAACCACAAGAAUUUCAAAGACAAUCUCCUGUGGAUCUUCCAGGAUCUUGAGAGCAAAAUAAUCACAUUUCUGAAGAAAGAGCUUGAAAAGUUUAAGAAAAUAUUACAAAAUGAGAACACACAAAACUUUGUGAAGGACUUUAAUGAGAAUAGAUGCAGUAUCAAAGCAGCAGCUCUUGAUCUCACACUACAUUACCUGAGAGAGAUGAAGCAAGAUGAAGCUGCUGAUGCUCUAGAAGUUGAGCUGAUCCUCAUUCAUCAGCUAAAAUGUGGCCUAAAGAAGAAGUAUCAAUGUGUGUUUGAAGGAAUUGCGAAGCAUGGUGACUCCAUACUUCUGAAUAACAUCUACACAGAUCUCUAUAUCACUCAGGGUGGCAGUGAACAGGUCAAUACUGAACAUGAGGUCAGACAGAUUGAAGUUGCUUCCAGGCGUCAUGAAUCUCAAGAGAUUCAGGUUAAAUGCACAAAUUUGUUUGAAGCACCUGAUCAAGACGAGGAGAUCCAAACUGUACUGACAAAAGGAGUCGCUGGCAUCGGAAAAUCAGUCUCUGUGCAAAAGUUUGUUCUGGACUGGGCUGAAGGAAAAGAAAAUCAAGAUAUCAGUUUCAUAUUUCCUCUUCCAUUCAGAGAGAUGAACUUAAAGGAGAAGGAAAAACUAAGUUUGAUGGACCUUAUAACUCAUUUUUUCCCAGAGACAAAAGGACUGAACCUUACAAGAAGAAAUCAAUUCAAAGUCCUGUUUAUCCUUGAUGGAUUGGACGAAUGUCGCCUUCCUCUGAAGUUUGAUUGUAAUGAGACGUGGUGUGAUGUAUCGUCACCAGCCUCUCUGGAUGUUCUCCUAACGAACCUCAUGAAGGGAAAUCUGCUUCCUUCUGCUCUCAUCUGGAUCACCACCAGACCAGCAGCUGCCAGUAAGAUUCCUCCUGACUGUAUCGACCGGCUGACAGAGAUACGAGGAUUCAGUGACGCUCAAAAGGAAGAGUACUUCAAAAAAAGAUUCACAGAUCAGAAUCAGGCCAACACAAUCAUUGAUCAUGUUAAAAAAUCAAAGAGUCUCUUUAUCAUGUGCCACAUCCCAGUCUUCUGCUGGAUUUCAGCCACUGUUCUCCAGAACAUUCUGGAGGAGAAAAUAAAUAAUGAUGUGAAAAACAAUCAGGCUGAUGAGAUCUCUAAAACACUACAGGAAUCAAAUACUGAAGACACUCCCAAGACUCUGACACAAAUGUACACACACUUUCUCCGCUUUCAGAUCCAGCAGAGCCGCCGAAAAUAUGAUGGAGAAUACACAGCAGACGUUUCCUGGGAUAAAGACGCCAUCCUUUCACUGGGGAAACUGGCAUUUCAUCAGCUGGAAAGAAAUAACGUGAUCUUCUAUGACACAGACCUGGAAGCCUGUGGUAUUGACGUCUAUAAGGCAUCAGUGUACUCAGGCAUGUGUACCCAGAUCUUUAAGGAGGAAACAGGGAUCAUUCUUGGUACCAUGUACUGCUUUGUUCACUUGAGCAUUCAAGAGUUUAUUGCAGCCCUUUAUGCACAUCUGUUUCUAGACAUCAACAAGAAAAGUAUGUUUGUUCAUGAGUCUACAGAACAGGAAAACAAAAAUAAAUCCAUGAUUGAUUUUCUGAAGACUGCAGUGGACGAGGCGCUCAAGAGUGACAAUGGACACCUGGACCUUUUCCUUCGCUUCCUCCUCGGUCUGUCACUCCAGUCCAAUCGACGACUCUUACGGGGUCUGUUGACACAGCAAGACGACAAUGACCAGAGCAACAAGAAAAUAGUUCAGUACAUCAAGCAGAAAUUAGAAGGAAAUCUGUCUGCAGAGAGAUCCAUCAAUCUGUUCUACUGUCUGAAUGAACUGAACGACCAAACUCUGGUGAAGGAGAUUCAGACCCACCUUAGCAAAGGAAGUCUCUCAUCUGGUGACCUUUCACCUGCCCAGUGGUCUGCUUUGGUCUUUGUGUUGUUGACAUCAGAGGAAGAGCUGGAGGAGUUUGAGCUUCAGAAAUUCAAGAAAUCAGACGAGUGUCUCAUUAGAUUAUCGGCAGUCAUCAAAACCUCCAGAAGAGCUCUGUUAAAUGAUUGUAGCUUAACAGACAAAAGCUGUUCAGCUCUGGCUGCAGUUCUUGGAUCAGAUACCAAUCUGAAAGAGCUGAACAUGAACAAUAAUAAUCUGCAGGAUUCAGGAGUGAAGCUGCUCUGCACUGGACUGAAGAAUUUAAAGAGUAAAUUGGAGAUACUGAAACUCUCUAACUGCAGUGUAACAGAAGAAGGUUAUAAAGCUCUGGCUUCAGCUCUGAGAUCAAACCCUUCACACCUGAUAGAGCUGGAUCUCACAGGAAAUGAUCCUGGACAAUCAGGAGUGAAGGAGCUCAGUGAUUUACUACAGGAUCCAAACUGUCAACUGAAGACACUGAGGUUUUUGAGUGCUGCUGCAGAUGAAGCCUGUCAGUAUGUGGAGAGAGUUGUGGGUAAAAACCCGUUACUCCUGAGAGAGCUGAAACUGAGUGAACAUGAACUAGGAGACACACGAGUGAAUCAGAUCGCUGCUCUACUGCAGGAUAAACACUGUCGACUCAAAACACUGAUUCUGUAUAGAUGCAGUACUACAGAGGAACAGUGUGUCAUCCUGACUUCAGCUCUGAAAUCAAACCUGUCACACCUGAGAGAGCUGAACCUGAGCUGGAAUAAACUAGGAAACACAGGAGUGAAGCUAUUAUGUGACGUACUGAAGGAUUCACACUGUAAACUGGAGAGAUUGAGACUCUCUAACUGCAGUGUAACAGAAGAAGGUUAUAAAGCUCUGGCUUCAGCUCUGAGAUCAAACCCUUCACACCUGAUAGAGCUGGAUCUCACAGGAAAUGAUCCUGGACAAUCAGGAGUGAAGGAGCUCAGUGAUUUACUACAGGAUCCAAACUGUCAGCUGAAGACACUGAGGUUUUUGAGUGCUGCUGCAGAUGAAGCCUGUCAGUAUGUGGAGAGAGUUGUGGGUAAAAACCCGUUACUCCUGAGAGAGCUGAAUCUGAGUCGACAUGAACUAGGAGACACACGAGUGAAUCAGAUCGCUGCUCUACUGCAGGAUAAACACUGUCGACUCAACACACUGAUUCUGUAUGAAUGCAGUAUUACAGAGAAACAGUGUUUCAUCCUGACUUCAGCUCUGAAAUCAAACCCGUCACACCUGAGAGAGCUGAACCUCAGUGAGAAUAAACUAGAAAACACAGGAGUGAAGCACUUAUGUGACGUACUGAAGGAUUCACACUGUAAACUGGAGAGAUUGAGGUUAAUCUACUGUUAUAUGACAGAUGAAGGUUGUUCUGCUCUGACUUCAGCUCUAAAAUCAAACCCAUCACACCUGAGAGAGCUGAACCUGAGCGGGAAUAAACUAGGACAAUCAGGAGUGAAAAACCUCAGUGAUCUACUGAUGAACCCACAAUUCAAGCUGGAGAAACUAGAUCUGAGUGGAUGCAGAAUUACAGAGAAACAGUGUGUCAUCCUGACUUCAGCUCUGAAAUCAAACCCGUCACACCUGAGAGAGCUCAACCUCACCUGGAAUAAACUAGGGGACUCUGGAGUGAAAAACUUCGGUGAUCUACUGAUGAACCCACAAUUCAAGCUGGAGAAACUAGUUCUGUAUAGAUGCAGUAUUACAGAGAAACAGUGUGUCAUCCUGACUUCAGCUCUGAAAUCAAACCCGUCACACCUGAGAGAGCUGAACCUCAGUGAGAAUAAACUAGAAAACACAGGAGUGAAGCACUUAUGUGACGUACUGAAGGAUUCACACUGUAAAUUGGAGAAAUUGAGGUUAAGCUCCUGUAAUAUGACAGAUGAAGGUUCUUCUGCUCUGACUUCAGCUCUGAAAUCAAACCUGUCACACCUGAGAGAGCUGAACCUCAGUGAGAAUAAACUAGGAGACUCUGGAGUGAAAAACCUCAGUGAUCUACUGAUGAACCCACAAUUCAAGCUGGAGAAACUAGAUCUGUGUGGAUGCAGUAUUACAGAGAAACAGUGUGUCAUCCUGACUUCAGCUCUGAAAUUAAACCCGUCACACCUGAGAGAGCUGAACCUGAGCUUGAAUAAAGUAGGAAACACAGGAGUGAAGUGCUUAUGUGACAUACUGAAGGAUUCACACUGUAAACUGGAGAGAUUGAGGUUAAGAUACUGUUAUAUGACAGAUGAAGGUUGCUCUGCUGUGACUUCAGCUCUGAAAUCAAACCCGCCACACUUGAGAGAGCUGGAUCUGAGUGUGAAUGAACUAGGAGACUCUGGAGUGAAAAACCUCAGUGAUCUACUGAUGAACCCACAAUUCAAGCUGCAGAAACUACAUCUGAUUGGAUGCAGUAUUACAGAGAAACAGUGUGUCAUCCUGACUUCAGCUCUGAAAUCAAACCCGUCACACCUGAGAGAGCUGGAUCUGAGCUGGAAUAAAAUAAAAAACACAGGACUGAAGCACUUAUGUGACGUACUGAAGGAUUCACACUGUAAACUGGAGAGAUUGAGUCUACAGAGCUGUGGCAUUACAGACGUUUCUUCUUUAACUCAGUCUUUGACUAAGUCAAAAGCACUGCAUUUUUUAAAAGAGAUUGAUCUCAGUAAGAAUAUGAUUGGAGACUCAAAGCAGCGGCUCAGUGACAUGCUACGAGACUCAAACUGUGUCCUGAGGUGA